GUCAUUCCCACAAGCAUCCAAAUCAGAGCUUUCCUCUCGUUUCUCGGUCCCCCGAAAUUUCUCGUGCCCUCCGAUCUGCGUCAAAUCCAGCCGGCAUGGAUGCCCCCACAGGCUCCCACCCCGCCGCCGAUGCCCUCGAAGACAAUUCCAACGGCUCUUCCGCCCCCGCAUCCAACCACGGAUGGCAGAAGGUAACUUACGGCAAGCGCCACCGUCGCCAGAUUCAGCCGGCCAUCCCCGCCGCCGGGGAUCAGCUAUCAAAUGGCGUCUCUCCUGUCGAGCGCCCCAACGUAUUCGCAUCGGUUGAGCAGAAAGCUCAGGAACGCCGCCGCGCCAUUGAAUCCGCUGCCGUUGCUGCCUCUGAAUUGAGGCCACCGGCCGCAGCGGCUGCUUCCGACGAGGAUGACGACGAUAGCGGAGCAGAGGGAGCUGGAGAAGCGGGACAGGAGAAGGGGGAAGAGUUAGUGAAGAAGGUCAAGCAAAAGAAGCCUAAGAAACCCAAAGUGACGGUCCACGAGGCCGCCUCUAAGAUUGACGCAUCAGAUCUCGCUGCACACCUUGCAGAGGUGUCGGUUUCCUAUGAGUCGCAGAAUGAUAUCCAGCUGAUGCGAUUCGCUGACUACUUUGGGCGAGCAUUUUCCGGUGUCAGUGCCUCGCAAUUCCCAUGGACGAAGAUGUUCAAGGAGUCACCUGUUGCUAAAAUCAUUGAAAUCCCUAUAUGUCAUAUUUCGGAACCAGUUUACAAGACUUCAGUUGAUUGGAUUGCUGCGAAAUCACCUGAGGCUCUUGCUGAUUUUGUUUUGUGGUGCCUAGAUUGCAUACUUGCUGAUCUUGCAAUUCAACAGGCUGCUGCUAAAGGCUCUAGAAAGGUUACACAGAAACCUCCUUCAAAAUCUCAGGUUGCAAUAUUUGUUGUACUGGCAAUGACUCUUCGAAGAAAACCCGAGGUGCUUAGUAAUCUUCUACCAAAACUAAGAGACAAUACACAAUAUCAAGGACAAGAGAAGGUUCCUGUGAUUGUUUGGACUAUUUCUCAGGCUUCUCAAGGGGAUCUGGUUGUUGGGAUGCAUGCUUGGGCUCAUUGCCUAUUGCCGCUAAUCAGUGGAAAAAGUGGUAAUCCGCAGACGAGGGGUUUGGCUUUGCAGUUGAUUGAGAGUAUUUUGGAACGGCCGAAAGCUCGUCCUAUUCUAAUAAAUGGUGCUGUUAGAAAAGGAGAGCGCAUUGUCCCUCCUUUUGCACUUGAUUUGUUGAUGCGGGCUACUUUUCCUACCCCUUCUGCUCGAGUAAAGGCUACAGAGAGAUUAGAAGCACUUUAUCCUACCCUGAAGGAGCUAGCGCUUGCCGGUACUCCAGGUUCCAAAGCUUCAAAACAAGCAUCACAACAGAUAUUUCCAUAUGCUGCAAAUGCUCUGCAGGAAGAUAAUCCUUCGUUAACCAGAGAAGCUGCUAAUAUUUUUAUCUGGUGUUUAGCUCAAAAUUCAGACUGCUAUAAGCAAUGGGAAAAGCUUCAUUUGGAGAAUGUGGAAGCCAGCAUAUCUGUUCUUCAGAAACUAUCUGACGAAUGGAAAGAACACUCAACCAAACUCUCACCUUUCGGUCCUUUGCAGGAGACUCUUCAACGCCUCAGGGAUUUGAAUGAAAAAGCUUUGUCUGCGGCUGAUGCUGGAGGCAAUGAAGCCUCCGUCAAAGAGGCAGACAAGUAUUGCAAAGCUCUCUUGGGAAGAGUAACACGGCGCUCCACUUGUAUGAAGAGUGCAGUUUUUGUAACUGUUCUUGCAGUUGUGAUUGGUUUCAUUUUAUCCUUUAACCUGGAAUCAUUGGACCGGAAAAAGCUCCAUGAAUUCUUUAGUUCCUUCCAAUCACUGUGAUAUGAUCUACAAGUUCAAGAACAAAUAAUCCAUCCAAAGAACAGCAGAGAGAAGAUUGUAGUUUUUCAGUUAUUCAAGGCAAGAUAAAACUGAUUAAGUUCCUGAAAACAGUUGAACUUUCAGCCUCUAGUUUUUUUUUUUCCCAUUACCCUUCUGGAUUUUGGUAAGGAUCCUCAGUGCUUAGCUACUUUUUUACUUCCCCAUCUUCCUUUAUUCUUACUUUGACAACAAUUUGAACUUUCAUUUGGUAUUUAACUGCAGAGGUGAUAUCUCUAGCUUGCUUAAUGCUGAAAUUUUGUUUACCGUA